AUGAUAGGGUACUGGUCGGCGCAGGUAGUGACGUUCAUAGGCAACCACGACACGGGAAGCACGCAGAACUCGUGGCCGUUCCCUACCGACAAGGCCAUGCAGGGCUAUGCGAACAUCCUCACCCACCCUGGCGUGCCCUGCGUUUUCUACGACCACGUGUUCACGUGGGGCCUUAAGAAACCCAUUCUGGAGCUCAUUGCAGUGCGGGAGCGCAAUGGUAUCAGAGCCGACUCGCCCAUCCGCAUCCUUGCAGCAGAAUCCAACCUAUACGUGGCUGAAAUCGGCCCAGGGAAGGCCGGUUCAGAUGGUGGAGCAAAGGGAGGGGGGAAUGGGAGUGUGCGGGCGAGGGGGGGAAAGAUAGUGGUGAAGAUAGGGUCACAGUUUGAUAUGGGGAAGCUGCUGCCAAGCAGUAGUGAGUAA